ACCAGCGAAGGCGUACAGGAGCAGGCGUUGGGGGCGCUGGCGAACCUUUCAAUGAACGAAGACAAUGCAGCAAAGCUGGCUGUGCUAGGAGGCAUGGAGACUGUCAUGAGGGCGAUGAAGGCGCAUCCUGCAAGCGGUGUUGUUCAGGAGCAAGCAUGUGUGGCGCUUGCAAACCUGGCUGUCAACGCGGACAACGCAGCAAAGCUGGCUGGGCUAGGGGGCCUGGAGACUAUCUUGGGGGCGAUGAAGGCACAUCGAUACAGUCAAGGCGUACAGGAGCAGGCGUUGGGGGCGCUGGCGAACCUGGCUGAGAGUGCCGAUAUUGCAGUCAAGAUUGCUGUGCUAGGAGGCAUGGAGGCUAUUAUGCGAGCGAUGAAGGUCCAUCCGACUAGCGAGGUUGUACAGCAGUACGCGUGCUGGGCGCUCGCAAACCUGGCUGUCAAUGCGGACAACGCAGCGAUGCUGGCUGACCUCGGGGGCAUGGAGGCUAUCAUGGGUGCGAUGAAGGCGUAUCAGUCGAGUGAAGCUUUACAUGAGCAGGCGUGCAGGGCGCUAUUGAAUUUGGCAUCCACCUUUAAAACCAUGAGUCAUAUGGUAGUUCCUCAUGUAAGAACUUGUGUUCGCAUUGCUAUGGAAACAUAUCAGCACAACGCAAAUAUUCAAGAGUUUGGUAGACAUUGUCUUGAAAUGAUUUGACAAGAACUAUUUUCGGUAGGUGAUUUUGAAAUCUUUGAAAUGCUCUUUAAAAUGCCACAUCAUGACGAGUUGGGACCAUGUAUGAACGUCAAAGCGACCCUCAAGCAAUUCAUUUUAUUCAAACAAAAACAAACAAAAACAAAUGAUGAUUCCGGCAUGGAAAGGCUUUAAGGAGAGAUGUGUUCACUCUGCAAUAUCGAGGGGACCAGUCUCAGCGACUUAUCAGUUUUUGCCAAUACACAUAAGCUUCAUCUC